CAAAGCACAACCAAAAGCACAAACAUAAACACAAAACAAAAACUAACCAACAACAUCUUGAUACAAUCUCCAACAUGAAAACUUCUGGAAUCAUCUCUCUCCUGUUUGCAUUGUGGCUUGCCACGCCGGUUGUGCUGGCCUACAACCGCCAGCAAGUGCAAAAUGAUCUCAACAGAGAAAGGGCAAAGUGGGAGAGCAUGGGAAUCAUUAAUUACGAUUACAAGCAUCAAGUAUUCGGUGAUACCUCUGCUGUCUACCCAUUGUCAACACAAGUUCGUGGUGGGGGUGUUGUCUCCUAUGUGGAUGGCAACAACCAACCAAUUACUUGGCUAAAGCCAGUCACAUUGGGGAGCUGGUUCGGUUUCAUACAAACACACAUGGAUAGUGGAGCACGAAGCAUUCAGGUUUCAUAUGACCCAACAAGAGGAUUUCCAGUCUCCAUUUACAUGAUCCAGAGUGGUGGGCAGGUGAUGAAUGUGCGCAUCUUUGACUUUCACUACUAUAGCCGAAGACUCCGUGGCAGUGAUUCUUAGUAAUUCUAACCCAAAAGCAAGAUGUUGUCACCGCCAUCUCUUGAUGUGUACCUGGUACGGGACAACAGAUAAAACUAUAGUAAUCUGAAAAACGUAUUGAUGGGG